GAGGCCUCCUUCUCCGCCUGCAGCCCCGUCGCCGCCUGGCCCCCGCCGGCGGCCGCUGCCAUGGACACCGAUAGCCGCGCGGCCGGGGCGCUGCUGGCGCGGGCCCGCACCCUGCACCUGCAGACGGGGAACCUGCUGAAUUGGGGCCGACUGCGGAAGAAGUGCCCGUCCACGCACAGCGAGGAGCUUCGAGAUUGUAUCCAGAAGACCUUGAACGAGUGGAGCUCCCAGAUCAGCCCUGAUCUGGUCAGGGAGUUUCCAGAUGUCUUGGAAUGUACUGUAUCUCAUGCAGUAGAAAAGAUAAAUCCUGAUGAAAGAGAAGAAAUGAAAGUUUCUGCAAAACUGUUCAUUGUAGGGUCAAACUCUUCAUCAUCAACUAGAAAUGCAGUUGACAUGGCCUGUUCAGUCCUUGGAGUUGCACAGCUGGAUUCUGUGAUCAUUGCUUCACCACCUAUUGAAGAUGGAGUUAAUCUCUCCUUGGAGCAUUUACAGCCUUACUGGGAGGAAUUAGAAAACUUAGUUCAGAGUAAAAAGAUUGUUGCUAUAGGUACCUCUGAUCUAGACAAAACACAGUUGGAACAGCUGUAUCAGUGGGCCCAGGUAAAACCAAAUAGUAAUCAAGUCAAUCUUGCCUCCUGCUGUGUGAUGCCACCCGAUUUGACUGCAUUUGCUAAACAAUUUGACAUACAGCUAUUGACUCAUAAUGAUCCAAAAGAACUGCUUUCUGAAGCAAGUUUCCAAGAAGCUCUUCAGGAAAGCAUCCCUGAUAUUCAAGCACAUGAGUGGGUGCCACUGUGGCUACUACGAUACUCGGUCAUUGUUAAAAGCAGAGGAAUUAUCAAAUCAAAAGGCUACAUCUUACAAGCUAAAAGAAGGGGUUCUUAACUAUGAUUUAGGAUCAUAACCUACUGAAUUGUAUUUUCCUUGAAUAUAAGAUUAAAAAAUUGAGAUGUGUAAAAAUCUAAUCACCACAGUGUCAUUGAGGCAGAUAUUCUCUCGUUAUAUUUCACAAUAUGUUAUGUCAAGUUUUGAAUACUUUUCUUGCCUCCAUAUCAGCUCACUCACAUGAACCACUGUAUUGUUUUCAUUAAACUAUUGUUUUCUAAUUGAAAUUGUCUGUAAAGAAAAUACUUGCAAUAUAUUUUUCCUUUAUUUUUAUGACUGAUAGAAAUCAAGAAAUUUUGUUGUUAGAUAUAUUUUGGCCUAGGCAUCAGGGUAAUGUAUAUACAUAUUUUUUAUUUACAAGAAAUUCAUUAAUUGCUUCUUACUCUACAGUAUAACUAAGCAACUUAAUUACAAUUGUUAAAACUGAAAUACUGGAAGAUAUUUUUCCUGUUGAUAAGAUGAUUAUAUCUCAGAGUAAUGGAGUAUCUGGAAUCUACUUAGAAGUGUAAAUAAAAUUCAUUUCUUCAGUACAUGGAUAGAAACAAAUCUUUUUAAGUUUGCUUAAUAACCUUGUUUGUAAUUUACCUAUAAUGAUAUAACCUUGUAUUCUUGUGCCAUAUUUUCUCUUGCUGUUCUUUACAAAGACAAACCAAAGUAAAUCUAAAAAAGAGAUUA